CAACAGCAGCACGCACGCCAGUCACCGUUCAGCCGCUGUAAGGGAAGGUAGUGCGCGUCGCUGCUCCGGGACCUGCUACACGAGGUGCCUUCCCAGCCUGUGACGCUCGAACAGCAGGAGGGCUGGACCGCGCCGGUGUGAGUGCCAUCCCGCAGGUUGAGUGCGCCGGUGAAGGGCGUGAGUGCGCGUGUGUGAGGCGCGACGCUGAGGCGAGGGCGGUGCCAUACCUGUCUCGAGGCUCCCAGAGAACCUGUGUGGCGUAGGUCAGGCGUGCCGGCGGGGCUGCAGGCGCCGCGGCCCGCCACCACCACCCGUUCCGCCAGUAAUCUGAGCCGCCACGAGCCCCGUCCAGGCGUGCAGGGGCCGCCGGGCUGCCUGCGUCAGGAGGGCUGCUGUCACCCGACCAAGCUGCCAACACGGGUAGUAUACGCCGCCGCCCACAGGGCCAGCCAGGGCGGGAGAUGAUGGGCGUGGGUGGGGCAUGACCCAAGGGCGGCACCCACCCCGGGGGCCGCGGGAGGCACCCUCGCUCACCCUCCUCUUCUUCCUUCUCCUUGUCGUCACCGCCAUCACCGCAGACACCACCCAGGGAGAUGGCUGGUGCUGUAGCCUCGCCCCUCAGCCCUGCCGCGCCGCCUGCUACAGGGUACCGGUGUGGGGUCUGGGGGGGCGGGACGCAGACCACCACCUGACUCACCUUGCCUCCACCUGCCCGCACACCUUGGACAAGUUUUGGACUUGUCUCAACCACACGAUGGCAGAGGUGACGGAGGGCGCCGGGGGUGGUGGGGGCGGCCGUGUUGCAAGCUCGCCGUGGCCCCGACCUGCCAGGCGGCGUGUCUGAGUGCCGUGAAUGGUCAUCAGCUCGGCGCCGCAUGCAGGGCCUCCCACGAGAUUGAGUUCUUCCGCUGCAUCCAGAGAACCGAGGAGGGCGCCGGUUGCUGUGCCCGCACCCAGUCCUACCGCUGCCGCGCGUCCUGCGAGGCUGUCUUCACCGCCCGCACGCCGUCGCGCCGUCUCAGGCACCAGCUGGCCAAGGACUGCCGCUCACACGCUCACGUCACGCGCUGCGCCCACGCCCUCACCAAGACCACGCCCGCCCACCGCCCCGAGAGGAACCUGCACUGCUGCGCCGCCUCGGAGGUCGCCUCGUGCAGGGGCGCGUGUCGCGACGUGCUCAUGUCCGCGGCGCCGCAGCAGGACAUCCUGGAGCAGCUGGAGGAGGCAUGCGGCACCGUGGACCUCACCAACGGCGUGUGGAAGUGCCUCUUUCAGCAGAGCGAGGCCGCGGCCGUCGCCACCAGCCAGGAGGGGAGGCAGGUGUCACGCCUGGGCCGCCUGGGGCUGGACGCGGCCAAGCUCGGGUGCUGCCAGCGCGCAGCAUCUCCGGAGUGCGGCGCACUGUGCCGACGUGCCUUUUCCCGGGAGUGGGGCCGCCCCUGGGAGGCCCUGCAGACCGCCUGCCUCUCCCAGCCGCGGGAGGCUUCUCUUCUAGCGUGCCUCUCAGAGUCGGACGUGCCCUGCCAGCAGGGCUGCUCGGGUCUUGCCUUCUGCACCAACUUCAACCACCGGCCCACGCAGCUCUUCCGCUCCUGCACCGCCCGCGCCGACGCCGCCGCGCGCGAAGACCUGCAGCUGUGGCAGGAGAGCCAGCGGCUGAGUCUGUCAGGGCUGGCGGCCACCGUGCCUCUCCGCAGCGUGAUGGAGUGCCAGCCUGAGCUGUGGCGCGCCGUGGCCUGCGCCCUCCACCUACAGCCUUGCCACGUCUCUUCCCUCACCAACGCCAUCUGCUGGCAUGACUGCGUCAACCUUCUGUCCAGGUGUGUGGCGGAGCCCAAGGGAGGGCCGGACGGGAGCAUGACGGCGGGGACGGUGUGCGGGGCGCUCAGUCCUCCCCCAGGCAGCCCGUGUGUCUCCCUGACGCCUUUCCUUACCCAGUCCGAGGUGCCCAACGAGGUACCUUGGCGGGUGCCCACCUCGCCGUGCCGCCCCUUCCCCUGCCCCGACCGUCACGUGUGCACCGUCAACAGCGAGUGCCGUCCCGGCGAAGCGUGCCGCCCCUACCACUGCACGCCCGCCUGUACCAUGGGCGAGGUGUCCAGCGUCACGGUGCCUGUCGGGGCCUACAUCAGCGUGCACGCCAGGACGGGCGGGUCGAGUUGCGGCCAAGUGUGUGUGUGCGGGCCGUGGCGGCGUGCUGAAGUCCUGCCGCUUCGUGCCCUGCGUCGAUCCGGCACCCUGCUGGCUCGGCACUUCCAAAAUAGAGCACGACACAGAGGUAGUGAUGGGGUGCAGGGGUGUGUGUUUGCCACGCCGGGGAGCUUACCUGUCUGCCCCGCCCCGUCUGCCACGCCCAGCAGCCUCCUCCACGCCCUCCCGCCGCUCACAGGCCUGGGCGCGGGGGCUGUGUCGCGCGGCCUGACCAGUGAGGGGAGCGAGGAGCCUGAGAAGCUCCCCUGCGGCUGCCCCGACCACUGGGUGCCCGUGUGUGCCAACAACGGCAGGUCCUUCCCGUCGGAGUGCCUGGCCAGGUGUGCCGGCGUGAGGGACGGGGAGUGGGUGACGGGGGAGUGUGGGGCGCGGGACGGCUGUGACGGGGUGAGAUGUGACGCAGGGCAGGUGUGUGUGUCCGUCCCCAACACCUGUCUCACGCUGCCUGCCACGCCCUGCCCCCAACACAUCUGUGUACCUACGGAUGGUGGCUGCCCGCUCGAGGCAUCCAUCCCAGCCUGUGAUACCCGUGGCCACCAGUUCGAAUCCCUAUGCGAUCUUGUCAGGGCCGGAGCCACCCUUCGUCACGUCGGCACCUGCAGUACUCGCUGCUCAACCUCAGGGGAAGUGUGUGGGCGUGACGGGCGUACGUGGGCGUCAGAGUGCCACGCCCACGCCAACAGAGUGCCAGUGGACUACGCGGGACCGUGCAGGGGCGUAGGGGUGCCUGGGAGGGAAGGCUGCCCUGGGGUGGUGUGUCCUAAACCCGCGGGCGCCUCCUCCUCCUCCUCCUCCUCUUCCUCCUCCUCAUCCUCCUCCUUCACUUCUACCUCAGAACAAGCAGGGUGCCUGGCAGGUGUGGCGGAGGCGGCGUGGUGCUGCGGGCGUGUGUGUGGGGGGGCACUUAGACUAGCGUGGUCGUCGCGUGCAGUGGAGGUCGCGGGUGUGGCAAUCCCUCAUCCACGCCCACUGACAGUCGCCGCGCUGCUCCACGCCCUCGCAGCCAACGUAGGUGUAUCGGAAUGCGAAGUGCGUGGGCAUUUAACCCUCGACGGACACUUGCUGGUUCUCGUCACGCCCACGGCAGCGCAUACGCCCAUCCCGCCGCCCUUAGUGUCGGAGGCGUGCAUGGUGGAGGCGGAGAGGCUGGUAGGGGUGGUGAGAGCAAGGUCCCCGAGGCUCAUGUCCACUCUACCAGCCUCCGCUCUUACGCUGGCAGUCUCCGCUCACACGUCAUCCUCCGCCGCGCUGGUCCCCGCCGCUCAUUCCUCCGUGGCGCUGCUCUUCGUCCUCCUUCUCUCCAUGUUGGUCAGAGGCGUGCGAGGGGAGGUCUGAGGGGAGAAAGGGUCACGGUGAGGCAGGGGAGGCUAAGUUACCAGUGCAAGAUUCCUCCGCAUCGUCUCCCCUUCUCAAGAUGUCCUUUCUUUUUCAGUGCCAGUGAUCUGAAGUGAAGAAUGGCGAAGUUCCUAUGUGUGUGUGUGUGUGUGUGAGAACGGUGGUGCUACUGUAGGCGUGUUAUGUAGGGGACCACAAGCCGUCCUUAUAAAGGUAGCCAUCUACUUUUUUCCUGCCCCUCCAUCCAUCUGCAGCAUCUCAAUCCCCCCAUUCCCUCCUCCUCUCCUAUUCCUACUCCUCCUCCUCCUAUCCUCCUCAGUAUGCAAGUUCGAAUCCUCUGAAGCAGUUCCUUAAUGGAGUCUGAAACGCUUCACGAUGCUUCGAUGCUUAUUAACUUUUUCUUUCAGGGAUAUUUUGGGUAAUGAAAAUAUGGGUUCUGAAAGUUGAUGAUUAGGGCGGACUUCAGUGUGUGCGGCUGGGAGUGGCUGGGUUGAUUUAAGUGGGUCUGGAAGGAGCUAGAUUAGUUUAAAGUGAUGGGGUCUGGUGAUGGGACUGAGUGAGGCGCAUUAGGGCUGAUGGCGGUGAAAGGCUGAGGUGAUGGGACUGAGAAGGACGGGUGAGGCCUGAAGGGGUGAUGGGUUGAGGUGAUGGGGUGUGGUGAUAGGGUGGAGACGUUAGGGACUCCGGGAAAGGGGUGAUGAGAAGCCUUAGAGAGAGAGAGAGAGAGAGAGAGAGAGAGAGAGAGAGAGAGAGAGAGAGAGAGGUUUAUUCGUUUGCAGGGACACACGUUAUAAGUAUUAGCUUUAUAUAAAUAGACAAUUACGUAUAUACACACAUACACACACCAGUAAAACAAGUGACAAGCGACAAGAUUAUAAUUUAUAGGGAAAAGUAUAUGAGGAAAAGAAGUGUUGUUAUAAUAUGUAUUCCUAUAACAUUUUAGUCAAUAUACGGGAUGACUCAGUGGCCAGUCACGUGCGGGUUUACUUAGAACGUAAUAAACUAACUAGAUAAAUAAAUGAAUAUAUAAAUAAAACAUCAAACUGAAAAAAAAAAAAAUCCCGCCAAAAAAAUCAAACCCGUCUUCUUUUAGUUACGUUUUCUGUUUAUUUUUCUUCCCGUUCCUUCUUUUAUAUACAUGUAUAGAUAUAUUGUAUAAUAAACCAUAUGCCCCCUGA